AUGGUGGUGAGCGCAGUUUUGCCUCCUCGUACAGGCUGGGGCUUUGAAUUUGCCUCGAGCUCUGAAAGUGCUUCACAGGUUCAAGACAGACCCGGUGGCCAGUUUGGUAGCCCGGUAUUUGGGCUGGCUGGCGAAAAUAACAGUGGAGUCAGUGCUGGUGCCACCGGUUUUGCAGGAGCGGCUACUGCUCCAAGUACCCCGACGUUACGGUCGGGCAAGAGAAAAAUGAAUUCCAUGGAUAGAUACGACUCGGACGAAGAUCACAACAUUGAGAAUGAUAACGACAACGAUGUUUAUGAUGAGUACGACGAACAUAGAAAUUUCGCAUCCCACUCGCAAUCGAGACUGAAUGGCGGUGGACCCAGUGGUACGAGAUCGGUUCCUGGGUCUGCUUUUCGAGGAAGUAAUAGUUCUGUUUUGAAUUCGGAAAUGGAUUUGUUUAGCAGUUCGUUUCAAAAACGACUUUCUACAGGUGUAUCGAACCGACUGAAAGCACAUGCUACAGGGUCGAAAGUGUCAAAACGAGCACGAACUCAUACUGCCAUGGGCCACCCUCUACCUAUUGGCCGAAUCUUAGAAUCGCUAGAUAAAAAGAAUCUUCGCAGUAUUAUUGAGAACCUGUGUCAAACGCAUCCAUAUCUUGUAGGAGAGAUCUCGAAUCUGGCGCCCCGCAUCACUGUUUCGACUGCUAUUGAGCAUCUGAAGAACCUGCUGUCCGCUGUGUAUAAUAGUCUUCCAUUCAAAGGAGACCAACGAGGUGAUUAUGCAUAUCUUCGAGUCAGACCUGCUGUCGAAGAGUUUCUUAGUGCAUUAUCGGAUUAUACGAGCAAUUUCCUUCCUCCGACCGAGUCUCAGCCGUCGAAUACAUUAGCAUUUCUGGACUCAGCCACAGACCUGCUUCAUCAACUGCCUGUAUGGUCGAACCCUGUGAAUAAUCAUCACCAAUGGGUGUGUUACGACGAUAUAGCGUCAGCAUGGAUUGUAGCAAUCCGCGAAGCAUCGAAACGAGCCGGCGGUCUUGGUCUUGUUCAUGACGGAUGGCAAGUCAAGCUCGAUAAACACAAUGAGAAAAGCGACGACAGACUUAAAGACGCCGUAGCCUGUAUUCGAAACGAGCUAUCAUGGCUCAACUCCAACAACGACGAGGCUAACAGCACCCCUAAACAAAACAUCUUUUCCAUCUACAACCCGCACUCUCAGACCCCCAGUAUGUGGACGUAG